CCCUGCCCUUGGCCCUUACAUCCCCACCCCCUCGCCGGCGUUGGCCCAGGGGCUACCUCGCGGGUGGGCGAGGCUGGGGCUCGGGCGAGUGUAAGAUGGCGCCGCGGCCUAUGUGAACUCAGCUUGCCCGCCCCGGUUUCGUGAGUUCACAGUGGGAAUGUUGAACAGGAAGAUACCUUCCUUUGACCUCAGGUGGUGGAAGAAGCACUGAACUUGAUCUCCUGGUCUACGACUUAUUAGUCCUGGUAUCCUGGGCUAGUGACUUGUCUUAGGGCCACCGUGAAGUGGAUCUCUUCCUGCCUCAUAAGUGUUUAAUCUGAAGUUAAGACUAGUUGUGUGCCCUUGGUUAAACAAAAGUCUGAUAGUGAUUGUGAUCGAUGGCAUGUAGUUUAUCACUGUUAACAGAAAGGAAAGGAAGGUGGGAGUCAGUCAUUUUGACGCCUCCUGAAAGGAACAUCCAGCAGGAGCUGAAACCUACUUCCCGUUGAUCUUGCGGCAGAGGCAGAGACGUUGUUGAUUGCUUCGGCAGUUCCACACAAUAUGACCUGCUCUCUAGAAUCCUCUGGUGUUUUCGAUGGCUCAGGGUCUGAGCAGACCAAAAUCACCUCUCUCCAACCUAAAGACAGUGCUCCAGUCUCAUCCUGGGGUAGGUUUGGACAGGAUGAAGAUGGACUAGAUGACUCCUUAUUGGAGCUUUCUGAGGGAGAAGAGGAUGAUGGUCACUUCAAUUACACGGAAGAAGAGAUUCAGGAGCUCUUGAAGGAUGAUGACUCACUGAGUGAACAGUCUCUGGGAGAAUUACAAAAAGAUGCAGGUGGUGACACUGAGAAGUUGGGGAGCUCUAGUUGUGCUUCACUUGACGCUCCCCAAGUUAUAAAUGUACUCGGCAGCUUGGGACCCAGGGCUGGGCCCGCUAGCGUCUAUAAACUACCUCACAUAAAUACCCCAGCUAGUCAUGCACCCACUCUGACCAAAUCACGUAGCAGACACUUUGUGCCAGAAAAAAGUCCCUUGAAAGUAACUGUUGUCCCACCCUUUAAUACAACAGUUUGUGAUGAUAUGCUUGGUCCAAAGAAGACUGAGUUUUCUUCCAAAGAUGGAUACAGUAAUGCAGACUGUUUGGGAUCUCCCUCCUUCCUGGAGGAAGAUGUGAGUAAAGAAGAUCAUGGCCAGAACGAUGGCAGACUUUGCACUAAAGAAACCAGCUGCACUUGUUCUGUCUGGGAAGGGCCCCAGCCUUGUAAAGCUAGCCCUCCACAGGGGGCUCCCGGAGCCGGUGAUCCUCGUUGUGAGGAGUCUCUACCCGUGGUUUCCCCGACCUUGGAACAGCCUCAUAGACCAGAGGUGGCACUGUCUUCCAGGAAUGGUGGACACAAAUUAGGUGACACAUCUAGGUUUCCAGCUGUUCAGUCGACCAAACGGGUCAGACUAGACAAGGAUUCUGAGAAGAAGGAAGGGUAUGAGAGAAGAUUAGGCAAAGUCAUUCCGCUUCUGCAGGCCAAAGCAAGGAGUAAGAUUCAGAUAUUUUCGCAAACUGAACUGGAACAGAAGAAGCAGAUUUAUCUUAAGAAUGUCAUUGCUCACUUAAAAAACCCGCUGGAAUCUAACCAAGGUACCUUAGGCGAGUUAUAUGCCUUGAUGGAUCAAGUUGCUGAUGUGGAAUAUCAGAUGCAGAAUCAGCGGUGGCAGCACCCAUCAGACCUCACCAUGAGAAACUACCCUCGAUUCAGACAGAAGCCCCUGCAGAGGUACAGCCUGACUCAGUGGGUGGACAGGAACCUGAGAAGCCAUCGCCGGUUCGAAGGGCUUGCCGAUCAGUUCCAGCACAAGCACCCGCCAGUUGUCUCAUCCCCCCACUUAUGAAGGAGCUGCCCUAAGGCACCCACCCUAUCAGUACUCAGAGCAAUUUUUGUUCCGUUUUGUUUGCUUUGUAGAUUUCUGAAUGAUUUUAUUUUAAUGAAACUUUUUUUCAAGACCUUGUCACCUUUUGAAAGCGCCCAUUCAUAGACUUCAUCUGUUUUGUACGAGGUCCUUUUUAUUUUCUUUAGCCAUAGUAAGAUGGUGUGUUAACUGUGUAUUUUUAAGAAUUCAUUUUGGAUCAAAGCCAGAUGUCUCUGGAGAGCCUGUAUCUGGCCAAAACACUCAGCCUGAAGCAGAGGUGACAUCUCACCCUGCAGAGUAGAGAUCCACUUAUGUCUAGAAAAGUCCUUCUUAGAUCAUCUUAAAGGAGGCAAUACCACCCCAUGAGGAAGUGUAUUAGCUUUAGUUACUCUGCAACUAACAGACUGGAUCAGUUUUAAAUUUUUGAACUCAAUACCUAUCAGUAUUUUGUAACCGAGUAAACCCAGGGCAUUUGAAUCGAAUAAAGUAAGGCAGAAGUUCUAUGGAAAGGACAUGAUGGAGCAAAUGUAUGCACUCCCUCACCUCCCUCCCUUCUGUAUCUUCAAGAUGCUAUUGUCUCCUGGCUUUUCGUUCCUCAUUAAAUAAUUUCAUUUUGCUUGCCAGUGUUUGCAGACUUCCUGCACUUGUAUCCUGUGACUAAUUCUGGAAUAACGCCUGAUCAAUAUCUUUGGACCCUGGCUGCAUCCCCCUUCUUAAGGAAUUUUUCCUUUUUUCCCUUAUACAGUAGCUACCACCUAGGGCUCUGGCCUGAAGCGUUCGCUGCUGUCUUGUGGAAGGACUGCCUUGGAACCUUGACUGUAUAAAACAGAUCGGAAACGCAGAUUGAUGGAAAAUUGCCAGCAGUUUUUUACUGUUCUCAGCUUUAAAUACAAGCUGUUGUGCUGUUUACCUUGAUUCCUUGUCAAGUGUCACCAGUGGGUGCUGACGUCUUUGUUACUAAUCCAGGACCUGGUGUGUCCAUCAGUCCUAGAGGGGAACGGGAGGUCCCACACAGCAGAUACAGCACUUCACUGUCCACAUAGACUCACUUUGGUGUUUACAAAAGCGUUUGAGCCUUCCCUUGUCCGUCUGUUUAUUAAGCAUCUAUUUUGUGUAAGAUAUACAAAGACAAAAUAAAAAGUUCCUUCCCUUUAAA